AUGAAUACCCUCUGUGGUCAGAAGUUGCUGGGCAGGAACUGUAUUUUCUUUCAUUUGGCUUCUUUGACCAGGCAUGGGAAGUGCACCAGUAUCUGUAGGUCUUACACGGGAUGUUGCCGAACUCGAGUCACUUGCACACAGUAUAGAGGCCAGAGGCUGGAUUUGAGUGGAAAUACUAGAAACUGUUUUUGGACUGGAAGCCAUGACUCCUGUAGAAAUUUAAUCUAUAAAGGACUGAGAGGUCCUCUGAAUGUCCCACAUACAGAAGUGUACAAGAAUGCACACCGCGACUGGGGAGGAUUUUUCUUCCAGUCUCAUCAGCCAUUGGGAGAGAAGAUCACAUCCCUCCAGAUCAGUUCAGUCAGGCAACUCCCACGUUGUUUUUCUGCUUGGAACAUUCAGAUCAUCAGGUCUUUUCGCACAUCACCAUCAUUUCAGGCUGCCCCAGCUGCUCUUCUCUGGAUUAUUGUUAAGCCAGCUCAGAAAUUAUUAGCUAUCAUUCUUGGCAGGAGCAUAAGAAAGUGGUGGAAGACACUUCCUCCUAAUAAGCGGGAAGUAAUUAAAGAAAGUGCAAGGAAAAAUAAGUGGAAGAUACUCCUGGGUGUCAGUAGCUUAGGAGUUUUAUUUGUUGUGUUUUAUUUUACUCACUUGGAGGAGACACCCAUCACUGGACGCCCUCGGCUGUUGGCAUUUGGAAAAGAGCAUUUUAGGGAACUAUCACAGAUGGAAUAUGAUAUGUGGAUGGAACAAUUCAAAAGUAGCAUGUUACCCGAGACAGAUGCACUCCAUCAGCUUGUGGAGACAGUUGUUGGUCAUAUAUCUGAAAGCAAUAAGGACAUCCCACAGGUCUCAGCACUCCAGUGGGUUAUCCAUGUGGUAGAUGAACCAGAUGUAAAUGCUUUUGUGUUGCCAAAUGGUCAAGUGUUUGUUUUCACUGGAUUGCUAGAUACAGUUUCUGAUAUUCAUCAACUGUCUUUCAUUUUGGGACAUGAAAUAGCUCAUGCUGUAUUAGGACAUGCAGCAGAGAAAGCCAGCCUGGUUCACUUCUUGGAUUUUCUAUCACUCAUCUUUCUCAUUAUGAUUUGGGCCAUCUGUCCUCGUGAUAGUUUGGCAGUUGUUGGCCAGUGGAUUCAGAGCAAGUUGCAGGAGUUUAUGUUUGAUAGACCUUACAGCAGAACAUUGGAGGCUGAAGCUGAUAAAGUGGGACUUCAGUUUGCAGCAAAGGCUUGUGUGGAUGUACGAGCAAGCAGUGUAUUUUGGCAAAAAAUGGAAUUAGUAGAAACCAUUCAAGGGCAGCCCAAGCUGCCAGAGUGGCUCUCCACACACCCCUCUCAUGAAAACAGAGCGGAGCACUUAGACCGGUUGAUCCCAGAGGCUCUUAAAAUAAGAGAGAGCUGCAAUUGUCCAUCUCUUUCUGGACCAGAUCCUCGCCUCGUUUUCAGACUUGCCAUGCAAGAUCUCCUGGAAUCAUCUAAAGAUCAAGAAACCCCAAAUUCUACAAAGCGAGAUCUCUCAAAACCAAAGCUGGAUUUUCCUCACACUCAAAAAGUGGAAGAUAUGCCAGUAACUUUUGCAGUUAAACCUACAAACUAA